CGGGCCCGAUUUCGGGCCUGAUAAUGGAUGUAAUUGGCGCUUAAGACUGGCAACAUUUUAGUUUUGGCGGUUUGACGACUUUGACGGACGGCAACUUAUUCAAAAAAAUAAAACUUGAAUAGAAGUUUGGUUUGCGCUUUAUAAUUUAAUUAGUUUUGUGUUAAUUACGACAAUUUAAGUGAUUAGUAAUUCAGAAAAUGUCUGACAAAAAAAGCAAGCGGUUUUCAGAAAGCCCUACUGAGUCAGAUUACUCGGAGCCUGUAGCUAAAAGAACACGGUCCAGUAGUCGGAAGCAAGGAGAAACUUUAAUACCAGUGCCAGUGGUAGCCAAGCCCACAAUUCUGGAUGUGCUCAAUGAAGACUGCUGGCGGCUGGUGCUCGACUACGUGAGCCUCCGAGACGUGGUGCGCUCCGAACGUGUCAGUAAACAGUGGCGCCAUGUGGUGUACCGCUAUUUAAGAGGAGCUCGUCUGUACAUUCGAAUGUGUUUAUAUCACAAUUAUAAAACAGCAACACCGUCGGUCAAGUGCAGGAUUUUGGAUGCUUAUGGUAGUUAUACCAAGACAGUGAUUGCAAAGUAUGGGCCAGCCAUCGUCACCGCCGACUGUCGAGGUGUGUCUGAUUUGCGGGCCCUCGGGAAACAUUCACCUGACUUAGAAGAGUUAAGGCUUGUUAACGAACAGUACCAUAAUUUAAAAUUAAAAGCCGUACACUUCAACAAUCUACGACGACUUUAUUUAGGCAAUGUUUUGCGCUUCAAAGACGCCCACAUCAGCAAACUGCUCGGGUCUCCAGUGCUUGAAGAACUAAAAAUAUUAGAGAACCAGAUGAUGACUGGAUCAUGUUUAAGUGACUUGAAGUCAAAUCUGAAGACACUGGAACUUAGUAGAUGUAAACGACUCGACAUCACUAAUGCACUAUCAGCAUCGCACCAUUUCAGCGAAUUGACGAGACUGGAACUAAACAGGAACUCCGAGUAUGUGCUGCAGGAUGUGUACAAGGUGUUGGAGAACACGCCCAAAUUGGAGUAUUUGGGCUUGCAAUGGUACGCGAGUACGGCGGUGGGGGGCUUGGUGGAGGCUUUAUGUGGCUUAAGCAGGUUGAAGCAUUUGUGCUUGCUUAGCAACCAGAGCGUGCGAGACGAGUGGCUGGAAGCCGUUGGUCGAAGCUGUGGAGAGAUUAGAACCGUCGACGUUGGUGGCUGUAAAGAAGUAACGGCGGCGGGCCUGGAGGCGCUGUGCCGAGGCGCGGGCAAAACCCUCACCGCGCUCGGGUUCUCGCACAGCUUCCUCACGGAUGAAGACGUGGCGCGCUGCGUCGCUCUCUGUCCUAAUUUGCAGGUAAUUACAACAACUCGAAGUUAUUAAAAAGUUAUUAAUAAUUAAAAAAGUUAUAAUUACACUCGCGAGCAAACAAACGGAAUUACUUUACAUGUUUGACUAUUCUUAAUUAGGUGGGUCCACACAGAGCGAGCAUACGCGCGAGG